CCCUCCCCAUCGCCAUUACCACCACGGCACCAACGCAAGAAACCUCACAAAAACGUCUCCUUCAUUCAGCCAUGCGCCCAGCCUAAGCCCCCCGGCAUUCCAAGAUCCGCGCUUUCGGCUCCUCCGGCGACCUCGCCGCCGACCAUGCCGGCGACGGACUUCCAGGGCUCAUCGUCGUCGCACUCGCACCCCUCCCCGUUCUCCUCCUUCGGCCGCUCGCUCCUCUCGCUCCGCCGCGACACCCCGGCCUCAGCGGCGGCGUCUCCGGUCAUGCCGUUCGGCGAUGAGGCCGACCUCGAGGCUUUCCAGCUCCACGUGGCCGCGCACCUCGCGGAGUUGAGGGGCGGUGAGGGUGGGGAGGAGUUCUUGUCUAUCGCGUGGAUCCGGCGGCUGCUGGAGGCGUUCCUGCUGUGCCAGGAGGAGUUGCGGGUGGUGGUGGCGCAUGCGCGGCGCCGCGGGGCGCUCCCGGCGCCCGCGGAGAAGCUGGUGUCGGAGCUCGGCGAGCGUGCUUUGAAGGCGCUCGACGUUUGCAACGCCGCGCGCGACGGGCUGGACCAGGUGCGCCGGUGGGAGCGCCUCGCCGGCAUCGCGGCGUCCGUGCUGCUCGCGCCCGGGGAGAUCCACGAGGGCCAGCUCCGCCGCGCGCGGAAGGCGCUCUCUGACCUGUCUGUCCUCCUUAUCGACGACGCCGCGGCAGCCGCGGGGGGCGGGGGCGGCGUCGCGUCGUUCCUCGCCUCGCACCGCAACCGCUCCUUCGGCCGCGCGCGGGCGUCUCCCUCCCGCGCCGCGUCCCUCGCCUCCUCCUCCUCGUCCUCCUCCCACUUCCGCUCUCUCUCGUGGAGCGUGUCCCGCACGUGGUCGGCGGCGCGGCAGCUGCAGGCCAUCGGCGCCGGCCUCGCCGUGCCUCGCACGCACGAGGCCUCAGGCCUCGCCGCGCCGGUCUACUCCAUGGGCUGCCUGCUCCACCUCGCCGCGUGGGCGCUCGUCACCGCCGUCCCCUGCCCGGACCGCGGCAGCGCGCUCCAGGCGCACCACCUCCCGACCGCACCGCCGCGCGCGGCGUUCCCCUGGGCGCCGCCUCUCCUCGCGCUCCAAGAACGCCUCACCGAGGAGGGGAAGCGCAAGGACCGGCGCAAUUCUUGCGGCCUGCUCAAGGAAAUCCACGCGCUGGAGAAGUGCGCGCAGAGGCUCGCCGAGGCAAUCGACGCGGCCACCGUCCCGCUCACCGGUGAGCGGGAGGCGGAGGUGCGGGAGGCUGCAGCCGAGCUGGCCGCCGUGUGCGCCGCCAUGAAGGACGGGCUCGAGCCCCUGGAUAGACAGGUCCGGGAGGUCUUCCACCGCAUCGUGCGUAGCCGCAUGGAGGGCCUCGACUCGCCGAUGCUCAACGGCGAUUGAGCCAUCCAGAUCUCGCCUUCGAUCGCGCAAUGUGGUGGUGAACUGGUGAUAGGUAGCCCUACUGUUCUUGGUUUUUCUUCACUUGUGAUCGGUGGUAGAGAUUAGUAAGUAUAAAAUGUGUAUCCUUCUGUAAAGGAUUACAGAAAGGGGAAAGGAAAGGUGCCAUCUUUGUGUAAAGAUGAUUCCUUAUUCCCAUGUUUUGAUACUGCAUUUGGUGUAUAUCAUCGUGGUUUUGUUAGUCAUGUACUUGUGUGCGGCCAAUUCUUUAGUAACUUGUGUUCUGAAGAUUUGUGAGGUCACUUUUGAAAUGUGGCGCUCACUCAUCUGAAUGCAAACAAAAUGGAGAAAAAGACAAGGAAAAAAAUUCGAA